UCAAGAUUGCCGUCGAUCGAGAAUAAAGAAUGUCAGAGCGUGAAGAAACUCAGACGAUCGUUCCGUUUCGAAGAAGGAUCCGGCAAUACGCCGGCUCUGCCGCAGCCUGCAUGGGUGGAUUCUCGUUGGGAUGCGGUCUAGGUUGGAGCGCGCCGUGCAUCGAAAUCCUGAGGAGCGACGAGUACGACAUCGACGUCUUCAUGACGGACGUGAUCGCGGCGAUUUUUCCGAUGGGCGCGGCCAUCGGCACGCUCGUCGUGCCCGUGCUGAUCGACAGAAUCGGCCGGAAAUGGACGAUGAUGACACUGACGCCGUUUUUCGUCGGCGGCUGGAUUCUAUUAAUCUGCGCGGGCUCGCGAGUUUCGCUCUUCGUCUUCGGCAGGUUCGUAACCGGCGCCUGCGGCGGCAUGUUCUGCGUCCUGGCGCCCAUGUAUUCCGCGGAGAUCUCCGAGAAACAGAUCAGAGGGACGACCGGUGUUUUCUUCCAGUUGUUGUUGCUGGUCGGUAUACUGUACGUGUACUGCGCCGGUUUCACACGGGACGUGAUUGCGAUAUCCGGCCUCUGCGCGGUCGCACCGGUCGUAUUCGGCGUGAUGAUGAUCUUCGUGCCCGAAAGCCCGUUGUUCUACUUCGCGAAAGAUAAGGAAGAAGCCGCGCGAAAGUCCAUGCGAUUCUUUCGCGGCCUGGAUUUCGACGUCGAGCCCGAGAUCGAGGCGUUCAAGGAACAAGUGAGAAGAAGCAGACUUCAGAGAUUGAACAUAUCGGCCUUCGUGAACAAGCCUAUGUUGAAGACACUGGCUGUUGCCUACGUUCUGAUGUUCGCCCAGCAAUUCAGCGGCAUCAACGCGAUAAUAUUUUACGGCGUGACGAUUCUCGAGGCAACGGGAGUCGGCAUGGAGUCGCUGAUCGAACUGGUCAUCUUUGCGGUUGUCCAGUUGGUAGCUUGCGUGGCGUCCGCGCUUCUGAUCGACAAGCUGGGACGCAAACUGCUUAUGGCGGUGUCCGAGGCGAUGAUGUGCGUGUGCUUGUUGGCCUUGGCGGUCUUUUUCGUUGUAAAGAGCUAUCAGCCGGAGAAGGCGGAGCAAAUGUAUUGGUUGCCACUUACGUCGGUGUGCUUUUACAUACUCUUCUUCAACCUCGGAGCUGGUCCGAUCCCCUGGGCUUACAUGGGCGAGAUUUUUCCAAUACGCUUGAAAGGCGCGGCAUCGUCGAGCGCGGCUUGCUUCAAUUGGUUACUCGCGUUUACAGUUACGAUAUCCUUCCCGAGCGCCGUCGCCACGUUCGGCAUCGCCACGGUGUUUCUCUUCUUCGCUCUGAUAUGUUUUCUCAACGUGUUCUUCGUCAUAUUUUUCAUGAUCGAGACCAAAGGCAAGACUUUCAAAGAAAUUUACGAAGAGUUUGGGACGCAUGUGUUCGAUCAUGAAUCUUCCCGCGUGGAAUAAAUCAUAAGACAAGAAUUCUAUGGAGCACAACGUGAUGAAUCUCCAUUGAAGAAGAAGUCUGAAUAAAGAAGAUGAAUAUAUCGUACAAUUGAUCGCACAAUUUUGAUGUCAACCGCUGACAAUUUCAACGAUGUCAAUUACGAUGACGCACAACGUCAUCGUGAAGAAUCUCAAAGGUGUAUUCAAGCGCCAUGAAAAUGAAACGUGCCUCGUUUUCUUUACGUUGACGCUUUGUAAUAAUAUUUUGAUUACGCGCGCGACAUUUGUGCGUACAAGAUACUACAGUCGAGACGAAAUGAAUAGGGAAAAAAGUGAAACUAAUCUUUAAAAUUGUUAAUA